ACAUUUCAUUUCUUCCUCUCUACUAUAAACCCUACGAAAUCCCAACUUCUCAUAAACCCAAUUUCCGUUAAUAUUUAAUUGCAAAUCAAAUUCCUCUCAGCUCUGUGUGAAUCUAGCUAUGGCUGACUACGAGUUUCAAGAAUCGGAGGUCAUCUUCUCCAUGGAUAAUCUCGACUUCGAAACCCGCUUGGAUUUCCGGCGUCACCAUCAAAACGACAAGUCGAAUCUCUCGAAGAAGAAGAAAAUGGGAAAUGUUAACAACAACAACAACAGCAGCAGCAACAAUAAUAUUAUCAAGUCGGUGCCGGUCAAAAUCCCCGACAACAUGUUCGACCGGUUCAGCGGCUCCGAGGACGACAGCAACGGAGAUUACUACAAGGAGGAGCAGUGGGACGGGGGAGAUAUGGUGCCGCCGCAUCUGAUCGUGCGGCGGCGUAUUGCAGGGAAGAUGGCGUUCUCGAUGUGCACAGGAAACGGGCGGCCGCUUAAAGGAAGGGCUUUGAGUCAUGUCCGGAAUACGAUUCUCAGAAUGACUGGUUUCUUGGAAGCUUAGAAUUCAUUGUUUAUUAUUUUUAUUUACUUUCAUUUAGAUUAGAAAAAUACAAAAGGAUAAAAAAGAAGGGGAGAGCAAAUGGAAACUGUUUUCGCCCUGUCAAUUACUGUUAAUUUAUUGGUUCCUUCAAUUUAUUUUUUUAUUUUCAUUAGUCUCUUCAUCCUGAGAUAAUGAAUCCAAUGAUAUAAAAUCAUUUCAUCUUGUGGAGCUAUUUCGAUUUGAAUA